AGUUCAAUACUAAACUUCCGGAAUUCAUUCACCCACUUUUACCUUCCGUCACGCAUGCAUUACGUGGCAACCACGAUUUCGUAGCAACUAUGAAUCGCCGUAGCGGUGAGCACAUCACUAGAACCAGCUGGCGGGUGUAUGCAGUUUCACGCGCUCGCUACCCUACACGCUAGCAUGGCUGCGCGAGAGAGCAGGACGAUCCUCGUCGGCAUCAUCAUCAGUGCGAUCGCACUCAUGUGCCUCUACCAGAUGAGCGAUCACUCGCACCAAACUCCGGCGUUUGCGAAACCGAAGGAAAGGAUCCGAGAGUAUUCGACGGGAGUGAGGAGUACACAGAAGUGGAGGCGGACGGACGCUCCCGGAGCUUCGUACGUCGGAUGUACGGCCGUAGUGCGAGACGGGACGGAUGCUUUCGGCAGCAGCGACGCUCGCAGCUGCAUCCUCGCCUGCCAGCGGGAAGCUGCCGCGUACGCUACCGUGGAUGAUGCGGGUUCGUGGUGCAGAUGUGUGAAGCAUGACAUACGUGGCAGCAACAGCAGCAGCGAGCUGCUUGUUUCACCCACGUCCUGCCGGUCGGUCACCGCCGAACAGGACGUCGCUGCGGCGUUCGUACCGACUUCGACGAUGCGGGACAAAGCGCGACUGUAUAAACUGGAGCGAUGCACGCAACGGCACGGCAACGCACCAUGCUCGCUCGUCUGCCUGGACCCGAUCGGAGCGCACCCUGUCGUCGCUCUGGCCAGCGCGCCCGGAUCCGGAAACACGUGGCUGCGCUACCUUAUCGAGAUGACGUCGGGUGUCUUCACGGGCAGCAUCUACAAGGACAAGGAUCUCAUGGCGCGCCAGUUCGUCGGUGAGAGACAGCGGCGCAACGACGGCACAACGAUCGUCGUCAAGUCGCACAAGAACAUGAGAUCCGUCGUGCUGGCCGUCAACGGCUCGGGCGCCAUCUUGAUCGUGCGCCACCCGUACCGCUGCAUCGUCGCCGACUACAAGCUCAUGCGCACGAAGAGCCACACGGGACAACUCCAUCGCGAGGAUUUCGCGAGCCGCGGCUGGGAGGGUUUCGCGACGAAGCGUCUGCGCGCCUGGUACCUGCUCAACUCCGUCUACCUGCGCAGCGUGCGCCCGCUGCUCGUCGUCCACUACAACGACGUGCGCGCCGACGCAACCGCGCAGCUGCGUCGCAUCGCGCGCUUCCUGCGCGUCGACGCCGCGUCGGACUUCGAGGAGCGACUCAGCUGCGCCGUCAGAUACAUCGAGGGCGACUUCCAUCGACCGUCGGCGACGGCUGGCGACGCGAAGCAGUUCGAUCCGUUCUCGGACGCCUUCAAGGCGCUCGCCGAGAGCUACGUGGCGACGGUCGGCGAACUGCUGCAAGAUGGCGGCCACCCGCCGAUGCCGGUGACGGAUCCAGCCGAUGCGCUGCCCGUGUUGUGAUGCGGAGAACGCUGGCUGUCUCUAACGGUCGCAGUGAGCGAGCAUGCAGGAGGGCGCAUUUCGUUGAUAACUAAAACGUUAUAUAGCGGUUUAUUUAUUCGAUUAUAUUUUUUAUUACGAUUCAUGAAUUAUGAUUAUGGUUGUAAUUAUAAUUAUGAUUUAUGAAUAUAAUUGUGAAUAUGAUUAUGAUUAUAAUUGUGAUUUAUAAUGUUUCGUCGCGGCGACGUUUCUGUUGGUGACCUUGACGCUGCGCCUACGGGCUUGUUAUAUAUGUAAGGAUGUCUAUUGCUACCCGUGAUCGCGUCAGUGGUUACGCGUGAGUGCGUUUAAUACACCCUUGCUAGCGUCUAUGUGAACGAAUGGAAGAAUGAUUGAUAACGCACAGUAUGACGUAUUCAUGAAAUUACUUUUAUUGACACUACUUAAACUAGCAUCCGCCCAUAACGUGGCGAAUGCGUACAGUGUAGUACGCGAGGAAACCUCACAUAACUUACGAGGUAUAAGCUGUCAGUCGCUGUCUCUAACCAAGAUAUUAUAUGCCUGUAUUUCGAUUACACUAUCGCUCUGUGUCGUUCUCUGGUCGCAUACGCGGUUAUAUACUGCCAUAGGUAGACACGCCUACCUAUUGUUUCUAGUCAGUCCGUACUACAUGCUUGUCUAUAAUUGGCCUAAUUCUAUCCUGUCUAUUCUCGCGUUACGACUUUACACAGCUGGUCAUAUAUGCCAACCAGAACAAUAGGCUAUUCCUAGAUAUUUACUUAUCCGUCUUUCGACGGUAUUACAUAUACGCCAUAUCGUUAAUACGAGUUGCAACGACUGAAGACAAAACGAGCAGAAUGUAAUCAAUGAAUGCGGCAGCAUGUACGAACCAUAAUAGCAAGCUCGUGAAUAGCUUGCUGAUUAUGCCGCGAUUUACAAACCAAUUCUCUACUGUUUUGUGAUAUAUACGUUCGUUACCCUAUUUAUGGCAGAAAUCUAUUGUCGUGUUCCCCUUCCUACUGCUGAGUGCGCCCGUGAGUUGAGUAGUCUAUUGGCAGGGGUGGAAUAGCGAGGGGUCUAUGUGGUGUUUGAAUCGUAGUUGGUCCAGUGGCCACGAUGGGUCGAUCGAUCAGUCUCAGUAACCAGGUAUCAUCGAUCGGUCGGUUCUCGUGAUCUAACGUAAUCGUAAAUCUAAGAACAAGUGACCUAUAUACCGCUAUAUAUAUUGUAGCGUAUAGCGUGACGCCACACAACAGUGAGUGAGGAAGGUAGGGGAAUAACUGAGAACAAAUAGUCAAAGGCGAAUACUGUGGAUAAAGGACAAGGCGUAUCUUGAUUGGAACGAAAAUCGGUGACAAGAACUAGAUCGUACCAAGCGCUAGUGCGAUCAGGUAAACAGUGUACCACGAUACGCGCCAACGCCCUAUUUCUAUUCCCCUCUUCCCGCUCUUAUGUCCUGCGCAUGCGCCGUCAUCUUCUCUCUACCUCUACGAUGGCGUCGCCAAGACGUGCGCCAUCGUCACUCUCAUAGGUCGCGGUGUUAGAUGGACUGGAUAUGUUCAAUACUGAAUAAUUUGGUAUGCCCGGUUCUCGAUGGUUCCUAGUACCUGCGACGACAAUGCCGUAUUGAUCUGCCGUGCAAGAUCCGUCACAUAUAAGGAAUGCUUUGAUAUUUCUCUAUGGAUGUUGACGAAUGCAUGUAGCGCGAGCCUUAAUGAAAUGGAUGCCCCGUUGAUAGUAUAACCUGA